GUGUUCUAGAUUUUUUCGGAUGAGUAACUUUGACAUACUAUGAUUUUGAUUUUGAAAUAAUUGUGGUAAUACUUGUUUGUAAUCAGAAUCUUUCAUGCGUUGCAGGUCCACAAGUAUUUACAACCCCACAGAAUCUCCAUCCACCAUCUACGCCCAUCCACUUCCACAGCCCAGUCCUGUGUCACACUUAUUGAGGACUCCCCUUCAUCAUCAUACUGCACCAUCAACAUCCACAGAAUCAACCCCACAGAAUCUCCAUCCUCCAUCUACACCCAUCUCACUUCCACAUAUAUCGAGAACCCCCCUUCAUCAUCGUACUGCACCAUCAACCUCCAUCCCUAGCCCGCACACACAGGCAGCUAGCACCACUGCUGUUGUUAUUCCAAUGAAAUCUCCUCAAACAGUAAUUCAUUCUGUUGCUCCUAAGUAUCUGUUCCCACCUGAAUUGAUACAUAGAGGCUGGAGGAAGAAAUACCCUGUUGGUGCUGGGAUGAAGAACCAGACAAACACAUGUUAUCUGAAUGCAGCUUUGCAGGCUCUAUUUCAUGUCCCUGCCUUCGUUUCGUGGCUGCUGGAGGACCAGGAACUUGAAAAAAAGAAAAAUCUAUGCUUGGCAUGUUCUGUCGCAGACACCCUACAGAAAUCACAUAGUUUACCUUUGGUGGUACCUGCUCGAAUCUACAACCAGCUCCCCAUGAUUAACAAGUUUUUAAAGCGAAGCCGCCAGGAGGACUCACAUGAGUUUAUGCGCAAACUAUUGGAAAAAAUGGAAGAGGAGUUUUGCAGGAGGUUUAAGAGUGCCAUGAGAAAUUCAAAAAACUCUAAUACAACUCCAAUGAAUUUAAUCUUUGGAGGAUACCUUCUGCAAGAGGUGACAUGUCUCAACUGCAAGGGUAAAUCAACCCGCCCCCUGUAUUUCUCCGACCUAGUGGUAGACUUGUGUGCCAGUGUUGAGGAGUCAGUGUGGAGUUAUUUUAAACCGUCAAAAGUAUCAGGAUAUACUUGUAACCAUUGCAAAAAACCUCAAGCAGAGGCCCAAAUGAGACAGUUACUUCUGAAAGCACCGAAUGUGCUUUGCAUUCAAUUGAAAAGGUUUAAUCCUCUGGGAGCAAAGAUUGAUGUGAGCUGCAAAACUUCAACAACCUUGAACAUGGGCAAUGGUUUAACAUACAAUUUUUUGGCCAUGGUUCAGCAUCAUGGGCCUCGAAGCAACUGUGGCCAUUAUAGCACAAUUGCUGUUGCGGUUGAUGGCUCACUUUAUCACUUUGAUGACGAACAGGUCUCAGCAGUGACCCAAAGUUGUUUGCAACCUCCUACAGCUCAACCAUAUUACUUAUUUUAUGAGAAGACUAAGUGAUAAUUUAUUUAGCAUCAGUAUGUAUUGUCAAUUUUGUACAUAGCCAAUGAAUGUUAUAAAUUAUUUUGAUGUUGUUUCAUCAUUGUUUAACUUACAUGUUAAUUAUACAUGUUACAAUUAAUGGGAAACAUCUGGAGGGUCCCCUGUCU